UUUACGGACUGUCCUGCACGAGCGCGCUCUCAUUUUCCAGAGAGAGAGCGAGAGAGUUGCGAGAGGGAUGAAGAUUUUCCACGUCGCUUGCCUCGAAGACAACUAUGCAUACUUAAUCGUAGAUGAGGCCACGAAGGAGGCGGCCGCCGUUGAUCCCGUCGAGCCAGAGAAGAUCAUUCGCAGGGCGAGCGAAAUCGGCGCGAGCUUGAAGAUCGUUCUCACGACUCACCACCAUUGGGAUCAUGCUGGUGGGAAUGAGGAGAUCAAGAAGUUGGUGCCGGGAAUCAAAGUUUUCGGAGGAUCGUCUGAUAGUGUCGAAGGAUGCACCGACAAGGUGGAUAAUGGGGAUAAGCUUACUCUGGGCUCAGAUGUUAAUAUAUUGUGUCUUCACACUCCCUGCCAUACUAAAGGUCAUAUAAGUUAUUAUGUCACGAGCAAAGAGGAAGAAGAUCCAGCUGUUUUUACUGGAGACACUUUGUUUAUCGCUGGUUGUGGGAAGUUCUUUGAAGGAACUGCUGAAGAUAUGUACCAGUCAUUAUGUGUGACAUUGGGUUCACUGCCAAAGCCUACUAGAGUAUUCUGUGGGCAUGAGUACACAGAGAAGAACUUGAGGUUUGCAUCAACUGUGGAGCCAGAUAAUAAGGAAAUAUCUCAGAAACUUCACUGGACUCAACAACAAAGAAAAGCUAAUCUGCCAACAAUUCCUUCGACCAUUGGAGAGGAGUUUGAAACUAAUCCAUUCAUGCGUGUUGAUUCAUCUGAAGUACAGGCUAAAGUAGGCAGUCGAUCUGCAGUUGAAGCUCUGAGGCAACUGAGAAGGCUGAAGGACAACUGGAGAGGUUGAAUGGGAUCAGAAGCUCUACCAGGUUAGUCAUAUAAUUAUGACAUUGAUGCGUAAGUUUAGUAGCUGUUUGUAGGCAGGGAGUCCUGUCUUGUCUUUAAGUUAAAAUAAUACUGGAUAUAAUCACAUAUACUUUUGUGCUUUAAAUCCUACAAUUGAAAUAUGGAUGAGAAAAAUAUUGCGUUGUUUUUACUGUUUAGAGUUAUAUUGUAGUGAUGAUGGCAUAAUUGAGCUA